AUGAAGACAGAUCUGACCGAUGGCGGUCAAGUGUUCAACGCACUGUCCUCGCUGUUUUCGAUGAGCGAGUUUGGUCUGCCGAAACACCCUGGGCCUCCCGACGCUGUCAUCCACUUUGCAGCGUAUGCCCGAAACAUGAUCGUGCCAGACAGCGAGACUUUUCGGGGUAAUGUCAUGAGCACAUACAAUGUGAUCGAGGCUGCGUGCAAGUUGGGUGUGAAGAAGAUUGUCAUUGCCAGCAGCGAGACCACCUAUGGUGUUUGCUUCACGCAAGGGGACGAUGACUACCAUUCUUUCCCUCUUGAGGAGGAUACGUACGAUCGCAAUCCAGAGGAUACGUACGCCUGCAGCAAAUUGACCGGAGAGCGUAUCGCUCGGACUUUUGCCCGACGGUUCAAUAUCGAUAUUUACGCCUUGGUGAUCGGCAACGUGAUUGAGCCACACGAAUACGAGAGCAAUUUUCCCCGACACGUGGGAAAACCAGAGACAAGAAAAAGAAAUGCUUGGAGCUAUAUCGAUGCUCGGGACCUUGGUCAAAUUUGUGACUUGUGCGUUGCAAAGAGCGGGCUCGGGUUCCAGGUGUUUAAUGCCACCAACGACACUAUUACAACGACAGUGCCGACAGAGGAGUUUUUGAAAAAGCACUGUCCCAAUACACCCAUUACGCGGAAGAUGGGCAAGUGGGAGGCGCCCCUCUCCAACAAGAAAAUCCGAGAGGUUUUGGGAUUCAAAGAUGUCCACGAUUGGAGGAAGUACUACACUCACAAAGAGUAG